AUGGCAUCCAAGAAGACGAAGGCGCCUGCGCCAGCGGCCGACGACAAUCUCGACGAUCUCUUCUCCGGCAUUGGCGACGACACCAAGGCCAAGAAGCCGUCGGCGAACCUCAAGGCCAAGACGGCGGCCGCCUCGAAGCCAAGGGAUGGCGACGACGACAUCCUGGCCGACCUCGAGUCCCAGCUGGCUCCCGACCAGCCUCCGUCCCGUCCGCACACGCCACGCAUCCAGGGCGCCGCCCUUCGCCGUUCUGCCGGCACGCCUCCCGUCGGCGAGGACAAACCCAGCAUCCGUCAAUCGACCGACAGCGCUCGGAGCUACAAGGCCAAUUUUACGCCGAGCGCCACGAGCUCCGAGCUGCACGAGCCGGAUAAGAAGAGCGUGACGGAGAAGCAGAGCCAUCCCCAGCAGCAGCCGCAGGAGGAGGAGGAGCAGGCCCAGACCGGCGGCGGCUGGUGGGGGGGCAUCAUGUCCACUGCCUCGGCCGCCAUGAAGCAGGCCGAGGCGGCCGUCAAGGAGAUCCAGCAGAACGAGGAGGCCAUGAAGUGGGCGGAGCAGGUCAAGGGAAUCAGGGGCAUCGACGUCGGCGCCCUGCGAAGCUACGGUGACGAGCUUCGAAACCGCGCGCUGCCUACCUUCAACAACAUCAUCAACACCAUCGCCCCUCCCAUCAGCUCCCACGAGCGCCUCAUCAUUCACAUCACCCACGAUCUCGUCGGCUACCCUUCCCUCGAUCCCCUCAUUCACGCCGUCUUCGCCCGGGUCAUGUCUCAGGUCGAGGGUGGCGACCUCCUCGUCGUCCAGCGCGGCGUGGAAAGCAGCUCGAGGCGGAUGAGCGUCAGCACCCCCGGCUGGCGGGAUGGGCCCUGGUGGAGGCAGACGGACUCCCACCGCGAGCUGGGUCUCGUCAAGGGCAUGGUUGAGGGCACCAAGCUGUGCCGUGCCGGCGCCGAAUCGAACGCGAGCGAGUACUUUGCCGUCAAGGGCGGCAUCGAGCAGGCCAAGGUCCGCGCCACCGAGGACUUGAGCGACACCAACCCGGUCAGGACGUCGGACCUGUUCCUGGCCGUCCAGGCCAUCAGCGUCGACGCCGACAAGUCGCUGUUCGGCCGAACCGCCUCGGCCGAGAAGGAGAAGGAGUCGUCGACGGUCAAGGAGCAGGACGAAGCCGACGAGGUCGUCUCCUUUGCCGUCUUCGUCCUCGACCCCGUCCACGAGAUCGAGUACUCCACCAUCAGCCAGACGGUGCCGGCCAAAUGGAUUCGCUGGCUCGACGCGCCGACGCCCCUCACGCCCCAAACGGCCGACGAGAGCCAGGAUGCGUUCGAGGGCGGCGUCCCCGACGAGAUCAGGGAAAUCUUGGACGAAGGCGGCGUCGACCCCCGGGAGUGGGUGGCGGAGUGGAUCGAGGAGACGCUGGCGCUCGCCGUCGGCGUCGUCGCACAACGCUACGUCUCCUGCCGCAUGGGCGUCGGCGAGGGCGGUCCCAGCAGGGGCAAGAAGAGGGUCGAGGACCCGACGACGGAUGCCACCGGCGACGCCGAGGCCUGA